CAAAAUAAACCACUUAAAUGCGUGUGAAAGAAAAACUUAUUUAAGUAUGACAUGUAUUACGCAACUGGAUUUUUAGAUUUGUAGAAGAAAAUGCGUUGCACAACGAAAAUCGUUUUACUUCUUAGCUUCGUAAAUGAAAUAUUUGCCACACAAGGUUCAAGCUGUUCUGAUAUUCGUGUUGUGGACCUAUCUCGUGUACAUGGACCAAAACCUAUCACGGCGCCAUUCUUUCCUCAGUAUAAUUUUACAAUUGUUAACAGAUCUUACAGCCCGGUGCUUGGUGGUAAUUGGUUUGAAGUGAACUAUAUUGGUACAUCAGAACACAGCGGAACACAUAUAGAUGCACCUUCACACUUCUAUAGAGGUAAACUACGCAUGCAUCAGAUUCCAUUGGAAAGAUUGUAUGGAGCGGGAGUUAUCAUAGAUGUCAAGAAUCAAGUAUCUAGGAACCAUGGAUACAAAGUUAGCAUUUCUGACAUACGACGCUGGGAGACAUAUCACGGACGUAUUCCGAAUGGAGCAAUAGUUUUGAUGAAUUCCGGUUGGUAUCGAAGGUAUCCUGAUCCAUUUAAAGUGUUCGAUACUAAUAAUAUUUCGGAUUUUACAUCUUAUCGCUUUCCGUCAUUCAACGCACUUAAAUUUUUAGCCAAUCAGCGUUCCGUUCACGCUGUCGGAAGUGACAGUCCGUAUAUUUACACUUCGCCUUCAUCUCCACCAGAGUUUUCCGGAUUUGUGGUUUUGUUUAAAAGGAAUAUUCCCGUCGUGCUGAGUGUUGCGAAUGUUGACAAACUUCCUUCAUCUGGAUCGACAGUGUUUCUACCAGCUAUAAACAUUUAUGAUGGAAGUGGGGCACCAGUCAGGAUAUUUGCUACAGUUCCUGUUUCAAAAAUGAGAUAUUAAUAGUAAAGUUAAUAUAAACAUAUUAACUGAAUAUAAAUUAUGAAUUAGGAUUAUGUUUUUUUUCACGGGUUCAACCGAACAUAAAGCAUUUCUUUUUUCAUACAAUGCUAAAUAACACAAAACACAAAUAUACUAUGGAAUGUAGGUUUGCAGCAUCCAGUCUUUUAAUAAAACAUUCGGAACAUAAUAACAUGUGAUAAAAAAAAUAGAAUGGCAGGUGUUACGUCCUUGUCACAUUCUCUUUACUAGAAGUAUGAUCAACAGCCUGAACAAUCUACAAUAUGUAAUUACAAAAAUUAGAAACAAUUCACAACUACAUGUAAAUGAAUGAAUAGAGAAAAUUGAUUAAAUACUGCAAAUUGGACAGUAAACAUGUGCAUCUAUUGAAUUGGACAAUUCUAUAAGAAGAAUCUUAAUAUAUAUACGUGUGAAAGACAGUAGAACAACAAUUAUCCUUGUUAAAAUACACAAAACGAACACCAUUUCUCGGGACACAUACUAACAUCAAUGGCAAGGUCUCUUAAGCUUUUUCCCUCAUAUGUCUUUUAAAAAAUAUUCGAUUCGAGAGUCACUAAUUGUCUUUUGACAUCGAAACGUCUGGUGUAGACAAUAUCAAUGAUGGUAUCCAUGAUGAUUUUGUUUUCGGUGCAACAGAACAAUAACAUGACAGAAUCACGGUGUAUCGUAUAUUGCUAUUCGAUUACUGACAUUCUGUUGAUAUGGAGAAAACUUCGAAAAAAGAAUGACAAUUAAAUCUGCUUCCAUCUGAGCUUUAAAUGCACUUUUUACACUAAAAACAUUUUUUUGAACCAUAGCUGGAUUUGCUUUUUUGAACUUUCAGAUGGUUUUAAAAAAUAUUACUGCAGUAUAUAGAUUCCGAAUCUAUUGCGAAUAAUCCUACUGAGAGAGUAUCUCGAUUAUAAGAACUGCACCUGUACGCACAUUGCAGAUUUUACCUAAAUCGAAAUAAUGAAGAUUGCUUUUUGUUAAUUUUGAAAAAUACACUCCAGUGUUAAAUGCGCACAAUAAUUUCUGAAUUUUACAGUUACUUUAUAUCAUGCCUUUGUAUUUGCUGAGGUUUAGUGCUUUUUGGUUUUCACUC